UCGGGAUGGCUGCCGCCCCCGGGCUGCCCACUCGCUUGACACACGCACGACCAACGCACGACCACGCCGCAUGCGCGUUCUCGUCUUCGCCCUGUCUUCGCCUGCCAAUCGCAGCCCGCUUCGCAGCCUUCCCUUCCAUCGAACGCUUCCCUCGAUCCGAUUGAUCCUGUCUGCGAACUGAGAUAGCGAUGCGGCGCAGACGUCUGUCACCUCGGUGUCACGCCUCCUGCCUGAUGCGGACGCACACCAGCCCAUGACGCAGCUCGCCCCCGCCUUCUCGCACGCGCUGGCUUCGCGCAGAUCGCCCCCUGCGACGCCGCGUUUCCCCCGCCCCGCCGCGAAGCCC